AUGGAAAACGAACCACAAUUCAAGUACAUCGAUAUUGGCAUCAACCUCACAGAUCCUAUAUUUCGCGGUGUGCAUCAUGGAGCCCAAAGACACGAAGAUGACUUCGAGGACGUCAUCCAGCGUGGUUUAGACGCAGGUUGCAAAAAGUUCAUGGUCACAGGUUCGGACCUAAAAGAGUCGGAAAACGCUCUCGAGAUAGCCAAAGCACAUCCCGGUCUUUGCUACGCAACUGUGGGAGUUCAUCCCUGCUCGGCAAAACACUUCGAUUCUCACCCUGAAGGUGCCGACGCCCUCCUGGCCUCACUGAAAAACCUUGCCCUAUCAGGUAAACAGACUGGUCAUGCUGUCGCUUUCGGCGAAUUUGGCCUUGACUACGACCGCCUUUUUCUGACGUCAAAAGAGCAGCAGCUCAAAUAUUUCGAAGCGCAGCUCCAAAUUGCCGUCGAAGUCCAGCUCCCGCUAUUCUUACAUUCUCGCGCAGCAGCUGAAGAUUUUGCGCGAUUGCUAGGUGCCCGGUUGGAGGAGCUGCCGAAGAGGGGCCUUGUACACUCUUUUACGGGCACGGUGGAGGAAAUGCAGAGGAUUGUAGACAUGGGAUUCGACGUUGGUGUGAAUGGGUGUAGCAUGAAAACGGAGAAGAACAUCGAAGUAGUUCGCGCCGUGCCGUUGUCGCAUCUACAAAUCGAGACGGAUGGACCGUGGUGCGAAAUGCGGCCCUCUCACGCUUCAGCGAAGUAUCUCAAGGAUGCACCACCGCUCCCGAAGGCGGUCAAGAAGGACAAAUUCGUCAAGGGCGCUAUGGUCAAGGGGAGGAAUGAGCCUGCUACUAUUCCGCACGUAGCAUACGCGAUUGCAAAGAUCAAGGACGUUAGUGUGGAGGAGGUUUGCGAAGCGGCCUGGCGCAAUUCCAUCGAGAUGUUUGGAUUGGGGGAGUAA